AAGGAAGAAGCUUGGGCGUCGCCAUGCAGACUACAUCAGAUGAAGAGCCGCUGCAAAACACAGAGACGACGUACGUUGAGACACUUGAACUGACGUCUGGGAGUCCGAAAACGUAAGUGUCUCGUGGCAUCCUUUUUUUGCUAAUUCAUUGUUAAGAGGCUGAUCUUCACUAAGUUCAUAUAUGGCAGCCGCACAUGGUGCACUACCUCCCCCCCUCCUUGCUUCUCUGUCAAUUUUCGCAGGACUUUGACGAAAUGGUGUGUUGCUGCGCUUGGAACUUCGGCUGUCGUUGUCGUGUUAUACGUGGGAGUGAUAAUUGGAAUAGCGACAUGGUCCGACAGCCACCAAGUCACCGAGGUCAUCGUAGACGAAGCCGACUCGAACGCUGCUGAGGACCUCGCGGCCGGAUCACAGGAAAAUCAGGGCGGAGGCGUCCGAGCUUCCUUACCACCGAAAUCACCAGGCGACACGCUGGCGAACGACGAGGAGCGCAAAAUCGCCGCGACUAUGAUAACCCUGCGUACCACCAAGCGUAAGAAAGUGGUCUCCACGCAGGGCAACGAUGACGACGUGCCUCACUCAACGGCAGCGGUUGAUGACACGACGGGUUUUGAAAGCAGAGAAGGACCGAGGAAGCGCGACAAGGCGAAACGGAAGCGCACACUGUCAACGAGAUGGAAGACGUCGCCGACCGAUGACUUGGCCAUAGAGUCCACUGGAACAGAGAGAUACGAGCGGAAGAGAUAUGUUCCGAGACGGAAAUGGACCACCACCAGUGCUGGCACGAUGGGUGACAUUAACUUCGAAACAAGCUCUAGCGACGAAACGGCCUCUACGUUGAAACGGCGUCCAUCAACGCAUCAAGGUGCCGGAGAUGACGUCACUACGCAUGACGAGUGGACAGUGUCGGAAGCGGCUGACCUUUCGCCGGAGACUGCUUCAGGGAAAGCAAGGGCCAGCGGCUCAGGAUGGCGCUUUCGAAAGACUGCCGCUACCACUUCUGAACACGCUGGUACUGUUAUCGUGGGCGGCGAAACGACGUUGUCACCGAAAGCUAAAGACGGAGGUCCGGCCGAGCUAACUGGCCACGACACCAACCCUACCGACAUCCUUGUGGACAAAAUGAUCAAAGGUUUGGGAAAGGAGAAGAUUGUCAGCAAUGUAGGGACAACAACAGUGCCGCUUGGCGGCACCAAGUCCGAGGCAAAGGAAGACUACACUGAAGUGACCGCAAACGCACAGUCUAUAGGAUCCGGACAACGCAAAUGGACUCCGAAAGUCGUAGGCAUUACCGUACAGGGGCGUAAAAUACACGGUGCCAGCAAAAGAGAAAACUCGACUCCGGUAGUCACGGGUCGUACCAUACAAGGACGCAGAAUACUCACUGUCACCAAAGGUCAAGCUUCGACGCCGGUGGUCACUGGACGAACCAUACACGGACACAAGAUAGUCGGUGCCAGCAAAAGGCAGAACUCGACCUCCGCAAACGCAGGCCCCACCGUAAAGGGACACAGAAUACUCGGCGCCCGCAAGAACACCUCAGGGGAAGCACGCAGACGCCAGAACAGUCAAAGCUCUCCGCAUUAACCGAAAGGGAACUUCUCAGACGGCUGUGUCAGCGGUCUUCAACGCGUUCUGGCGUCAUCUGUGGUGCAGAACAAUUGCCGCUCUCCAGUCUUCUCGUUAUCGUUGUUACAGAUUCGUAGAAGGUAGCUUUGGAAGAUGUAAAUAAAAGACGCCCGGUAGACACGCACGCGAACAUAUACCGAGUGUUUCAGAGAACAUUUCAACUCAUAAUUGCUCAGUGAACUCAGUAUUGCCGAAUUAGACCUCCA